AUGGUCAAGCUAACUUCCUUUACUACUGGUGCCCUCACUGCUGUUGGAUUGCUGGUUGAUACUGUGGCAUCUGCGGGCGGAGACAAAGGUGUUCCUACUCUUGAGGAUAAAUGGGGUACUGACUGGCCCUUUUCUGGGGUAAAUACAUUUGCUCACUUACCUACAGAUAAAUGUCUAAUUCACCCAGAUACUGAAUUUGAUAUUGCACUUAUUGGCAUUCCAUUUGAUACUGCUGUUUCAUAUCGUCCUGGUGCUAGAUUUGGCCCUAGAGCUAUCCGUGCUGCUUCCGCACGUCAGUCUUCUCUGCGUGGGUUCAAUGCUCGUGCUGGCAUCAAUCCUUAUCAAGACUGGGCAAAGGUCAUUGAUUGUGAUGACAUUCCUGUGACCCCCGUUGACAACAAACUUGCUCUUCGACAAAUUACUGAAGGCUACAACGAGCUGCUCAGUAGACCUAUUCAUUACAAAAAGGAUGGCAAGCCUAACCUGCCCCCUCGUCUUAUCACAUUAGGUGGAGACCACUCUAUUGUUCUGGGCGCUCUGCGUUCUCUUCACAAGGUCUACGGUCCUAUUACUGUAAUCCACUUUGAUGCCCAUUUGGAUACAUGGUUGCCAUCCAAAUAUCCUUCUUCUUGGGAGAGCGAUCCUGGUGCUGGUGAUUUCACCCAUGGAACCAUGUUCUGGAUGGCUUCCCAAGAAGGUUUGUUGUCUAAUGAUACCUGUCUUCAUGCUGGUUUACGAACAAGACUUUCUGGAAAGGACUGGGGUGAUUAUGAAGAGGACACUAAACAAGGUUUUGCAAGAAUUGCUUCUGAUGAUAUCAUGGAGAAAGGUGUGAAGGGAAUUGUUGCCGAGAUCCUUGAGCGUGUUCCUACUACGGUUCCUGUAUAUAUCUCUGUUGAUAUUGAUGUCAUUGAUCCAGGUAUGGCUCCUGGAACUGGUACCCCAGAAGCUGGCGGUUGGCAAACUAGAGAGUUAAUUCAGAUCAUCCGUGGUUUAGAGUCUCUCAAUUUAGUUGGUGCUGAUGUUGUCGAGGUAUCACCUGCUUUUGAUCAUGCUGAGAUUACUGCCCUUGCUGGAGCCCAAGUUGCAUAUGAGUUGAUAACCAACAUGGUUAUCAAGGGUACUCCCGUUGACGUCCUCCCCGUCAGUGCUCCCGUUCACAAUGAUUUAUAA